AUGCGAGCCUACCCGACCAGCGCGAUAGGCGCCGUGGUCACGUUCCUGGCCGGGUUCGUGGCGCACGACGUGCUGGGGCCCGCGCUGGUGCACGAGGCGAGCGGCCUGCCUCCGCGCAGCGGGCCGGGCCACGAGCUGGAGGCCAGCUCGACGAGCAGCACCUCCACGAGCACCAGCACCGUGCUGGCUUGCUCGGUGCUGGUGACGUACAGUGACGACCCGGGCUGGACGCACGAACGAGUAUUAUUGUGGCCUCACACUGAGGCUCGCACGAGUUGGCAGAUCUACACGCCUGGCAACGAUUUAUACGCCGAGGACUUCGGCGACUACGCCUCGCUUAUCCCGAUGACGGGGCGGAGGCGGUAUCCGCCGGGCGUCAGGAACGUGGUGGCGUUCAACAGGGAGCUGCAGGCGGCUGAGCUGGUCUCGCUCAUCAAACGCGGUCGAGGCGAAGCCGUCCUCGAACACGGGCCGCCAGCGAACGGCUGGUGGGCCGGCGCUGGCCAGGAUUGGCUCGGAGGCAUGCUGGACAUCCCCGCGCCGACGGCCGUGGAGGUCCCUCGCGUGCGGCGCCGCCUGCGCAAGAAGGGCGCGGAGGUGCAGACCGACCUCCCUGACAGCGACUUCGGCCAGAUGGUGCCCCUCUCAGCGGCUGCCAUCCUGCGAGGCCGCUACGGACUCGACAAGGAUGAGAUGGGCGAGUGGCGGCUCAAAGAAUAUGUGGAGGACGAUCAGGCCGACAGCUGGCGAGACGACAAGCUGGUGGCGGCGGAUCGGCAGCGGCCACCCCGAGGCGCCCUUGGGGAUCGGCUCUUCGGCGGUGGCGGAGGCGGCACCGCAACGCCCCCUGGGGAGCCCACGGUUGCGGCCGUCGCAGCUGGCACUGGCGAGGAGCAGGCCGAGGAUCUGCGCACGUGCUGGAUCGACGUUGACGAGACAGGCUCGAGGUUCAAAGAAUGGCGCAAGGUGGUGCAGGAGAGCACGCAGGAGGUGUUCUCGGACUCGAGCCUGCGCGGUCCGCCUGCUUGCCUGGAGGUGUGCCGCAAGAUGUAUCGUCACGGCGGCACGCCCAAGAUCUGGUUCCAGGAGUGGUGCAAGGAGACAGGGAUCUCUCGACGGGAUCGCGCGUACGCGCACGGUGCGGACCACGCGAACUGGGCGGCGGCGAAGCACCUGGCGGGGACGACGAACCCGCUGGACCUGGUGCCCGAGGCGCUGCGGAGCUACGCCGGCCGGCUGAGCAAGGAGGAGCACGAGCUGGAGGCGUUGCGGGCGCGGGCAAAGACGCCUGCGGCCUUUUCGGCUGAGGGCGGUCGUGGCGCUGCGGCUGCCGCGGUGGACGCUGGCGGCUUGCCGCUCGGAGGCGGCGGUGGAGCGAGCUUGACCAGCCAGAUGAAGAUGGAUGAUAUUUCGGCGGACGUGCAGCAGCGCGUCUUCUCGGUGGCUCGCCAGUGGAUGGACGUUGACAGCGCCGUCAGCGAGGAGGAGGCCCUUGCCAGGCUUCUUAAGGGCAAGGCGGGGUAUGCCCCCCUUGGCUCGACCAGCAUGGGCUCCUACGAGUACUCGCGGGUGAGCUUGCCAGACAGCGUCGUCGACGCGCCGUCUCUGGCCACCAUGCCCCCUGCGCAGGCAAAGCAAUACCUCGAGGAGUUUGCUUCCAGAAUGCUGCUACCGCCUCGGGAAGCAGCCCUAAUACGAGAACAUGAUGGGCUUCCUGGUUGUCACACCGACCCUCUGUUGCUGCAACGGCCGCGGAGCUAUGGGAAGUUCGUGCGGCGAGCGCUCUCGAUAGGUCUAGUCACUUUGACACGGGUGCCUAAGAGCGUGCUUGGAUUAUUGUUUGUGAAGAAGAAGGAUGGGGCUCGCCUUCGCCUCAUCGUCGACUGCAGGCAAAGCAGCGCCCUGUUCCGCCUUCCUCCUGGGGUCGACUUGCUGUCGGGCGAGGGGCUCGGCCGCAUAGAGAUGCCCAUCAUGGAGGUCUCCGACUUCGCCGGGCUCUGCGCGGUGCUUGGCGUGGGCGACGUUGCCGACUGCUUCCGCAGGAUGAAGCUGCAGGGCGACAUCAGGCACUAUUUUGGCUGGCCGCCGCUGGAUGCUGCUUUGACUGGAGAGACACUGGUCGAAGGGCGCCCUGUGCACGCUGGCGAGCAGGCGUGGCCGAUGAGCCAGAGCCUGCCAAUGGGCUUUUCGUGGUCCCUGUACUUCGCCCAGGCCGCCAACCAGUGCAGGCUCGAUCGACAGCCGUCGUUAGCGGGUAGCCUGCGUCUGAGCGAUCGCGGGCCGCCGCUUGUCCUUGGACAAGGUGCCGCGGGCUCGGAGUUGGGCCACUACAUGUACGUCGACAGUGCUGGCGUGAUUGGUUUCGACGCAGCGCGUGUGACAUGCGCGCUGCAGGAGGCACAGCGCGACUUCGAUGGCGAUCACUUGAAGUUCCACGAGGUGGAGGUGUUGCCUGAGGGAGGUCGCACCCUGGGCUGCUAUCUCGACGGCAGGCGCCGAGCGACCCGCCCUACUGACGAGAGGUUCGCCAUGGUGCGGAAGGGGUUGAGGUGCCUGUUGAGGAGACGCAAGGUUGCCGGCUGGCAGCUGGAGAUGGUGCUGGGCCACAUGACCUUCAUGGCCCUGGUUCGCCGCGUAGUGUUGUCCAUCUUCCACUCGGUAUACGCUUUUGUGGCGCAAAGCUACCACGCCUUCUCCGUGCUGUGGCCCACCGUGCGCGAUGAGUUGAACUGCUACGUGGGCAUCAUGGUGAUGCUGGAGUCGAGCUGGACCAGGCCGUGGACGCCAGUGGUCUACUCCUCCGACGCCAGCCUGUACGACGGCUACGGCGUUGCGGAGGCCUGCUUCGGGACCGAGACGGUGGCGGAGAUUGGCCGCGUUUCGGAGUUGGCGCGGUGGCGGCUGGGUGCUGGGCUGGCGAGGCAGCAUGCCUUCGAGUGCGCUGGCUUCCUCUUGGACAGCGAGACCGGCGAGGUCGUCCGAGAUGAGGCGGGGGUCCCGAAGCGGCUGGACGCCGAGCUCCAGCGCGUGCUGGCCAGCGAGCGCUGGGAGCUGGACCCGAGCUUCCCCGAGGUGCCCAGCUGGCUCCUGCACGACUCGCAUUGGGCCACGGUCAUGGCCGAUCGGUGGGCCUUCGCCGACGAUAUCCUUAGACUCGGGGCACGAGCGUUGCCGAACUGCGGUGCCGACGCCAGCCGCCCCGCUCGAGACGGGCCGGAGGCGGACGCGGGCGCUGAGCAGCCCUGGUCGCCGACUGGAAGGUCCCGCACGCUGGACCAGAGCCGCGGGCUGGCCGCGAGGCUGGUGCUGGAGGGCGCUGCCCGACCGCCGCAGCAGAGCUCAGUAGAAGCUUGCUUGCGGCUGAGCCCCGACGAGCCGCGCCAGGCCGACAAGGCCGUUGCAGGCCACGGGGUUGCCGAGGUCGCGGCGGAGAGCGAGAGCGUCGAGAGCAGCGACGCCGAGGAGCCGCCGGCUGCUGCGCGUUCCCGAAGGCGUCUGGAGACGCGCGGGAAGGCGCGGAUCAGGAAGGCGAUCGAGGUGCUCGAGACCGCGGAGUCGGGCAGGGACGACGUGAAGCUGGGCAUCAGCUACCUCGAGAAGAGAUCGGUGGGCGCAGGCACUUUGGAGACCUACCGCCAGUGCCUGCUCGCAUUCUGCGUCUGGGCCCGCUGCUGCCUCACGGCCCUGCCCGAGCUCAAGGAGCUGGACGGCCAGCUGGUCGAAUACAUGAACGAGGAGUUCUUGAAGGGCGUCAAGGCCUGGCGGGGCGAGAAGCUGCUCGCUGGGCUGAUGUUCCCCCACCCGGACUUCGGCCGCCUGGGCGGGCUGCGUCUACCGAGGUCAUUGCGCUGCCUGAAAGGGUGGAAGAAGCUUUCACCAUCUCGAUAUCGGAAGCCCUUGGUGUUCGCGAUCUGGGCGGCGUUGGCAGUGGAACUCUGCCGCCUGGGGGCGCCUCUAGUAGGCGCGAUGGUGCUGAUCAUGGUAGAGUGCUACCUUCGGCCAGGAGAGAUGCUGAGCCUCACGAGCGAUUCAUUUCUGGCGCCGACGGAGCAUGCAGUGCAGAACUGGGUUGUAUGGCUGUUUCCAGAGGCUGGGGUGGCUCGGAGCAAGGUGGGGUCAGCGGACGACACCAUCCCUUGCGAUUCAGGACGUUGCCCGUGGAUGUGUCACAUCUUCAAGGCCUUGAAGGAUCGUCAGUCAUCCCGGCCCCUCCUGGACUUGGGCUACCCGCAGUUCCUGACCCUCUUCCGGAGAGCGGCCACGAACAUCGGAGCCGACGUCGUCCCAUACCAAGGCCGGCACAGCGGCGCAUCGCUGGAUCGGGCAACGGGACGACGCUCUCUGGAAGAGGUGCAGAAAAGAGGGCGAUGGGCGGCGAUGAGUUCGGUGAAAAGAUACGAAAAGUCAGGACGACUGAACGAGAGCUGGGAGAAGCUGGGCGACGCCUCCAAGGCACACUGCGCCGCGGCGGCGAGGCUGCUGCAGGAGGUGCUGCUGCUGGGACGGCCCGCGCUUGUGCCGCCGUUCGGCGGCCGCGAGGGCUCUCGCGGGCUCCGCUGA